CCCCCGUUGGUUUUCUUUAUUUCGGUUAAACCGCGGCAUGUCUUGAUAAUUUCAUGGGGCUUCUCAGAAUCAUCAUGCCGCCCAAAUUGCAGCUCCUCGCGGUUGUGGCAUUUAUGAUCACGAUGUUGUUCUUGGAGAAUCAGAUCCAGAAGCUGGAGGAGUCUCGGGGUAAAUUGGAGAGAGCAAUUGCAAGACAUGAAGUCCGAGAAAUUGAGCAGCGCCACACAAUGGACAGCCCAAGGCAAGACCGAGGAGGAGAUGAUGAGCUGGACGACCUUAUCAUCCUAUACAACCGUGUACCUAAAACUGCCAGCACAUCUUUCACAAAUAUUGCUUAUGAUCUGUGUGGUAGAAAUAAGUACCAUGUGCUGCAUAUCAACACAACCAAAAAUAAUCCUGUCAUGUCUUUACAGGAUCAAGCAAGGUUUGUAAAAAAUGUCACCACCUGGAAAGAGAUGAAGCCAGGAUUUUAUCACGGACAUGUAGCAUAUCUGGAUUUCACAAAGUAUGGUGUGAAAAAGAAACCAAUCUACUUAAAUGUAAUUCGAGACCCAAUUGAGAGACUGGUGUCGUACUACUAUUUCUUGCGCUUUGGUGAUGACUACAGGCCCGGACUAAAGAGAAGAAAACAGGGAGAUAAAAAGACAUUUGAUGAAUGUGUUGCGGCUGGUGGGUCAGACUGCGCUCCAGAGAAACUUUGGCUUCAAAUUCCUUUCUUCUGUGGCCACAGCUCAGAAUGUUGGAACAUUGGAAGCAAAUGGGCAUUAGAACAAGCCAGAUACAACCUGGUUAAUGAAUACCUCCUAGUUGGGGUAACUGAGGAGUUAGAAGACUUUAUAAUGCUACUUGAGGCAGCCUUGCCUCGCUUCUUCAGAGGCGCAACAGAACUUUAUCGCACAGGAAAGAAAUCUCAUCUUAGAAAAACAACAGAGAAGAAACUUCCAACUAAAGAAACCAUUGCUAGAUUGCAGCUGUCGGAGAUCUGGAAAAUGGAAAAUGAGUUUUAUGAAUUUGCUCUGGAACAGUUUCAGUUUAUUCGAGCUCACGCAGUGAGAGAAAAGGAUGGAGAACUUUAUCUCCUUUCCCAGAGCUUUUUCUAUGAAAAAAUCUAUCCCAAAACGAACUAAGAACAGUUUUAAUUACUUGGAGAACUAUAUCCAAUGUCUUUCUGCUGAGUCAGGUCAGGUAUAUUUCAUAUACCUUGAAAUAUAUGAACAGUCCACUCACGUUUUUUUUUCCAAUUAGAAUCAGCAAAGGAUUCUUGGUCUACAGUUUGCAUCAAAUCCUCCAUGAGCCACUUCCAUCUGUAAAGACUUUAGGGUGAUAAUUUUGAUGCAUCGCGUGGACAAUUGAGCAAGCAAAUCCAUUUCUACAAAUAGCGCACCAGUUGUGUAGAUUCUGUCAUUAUUGCUAAUCAGAUUGUGGUAUGUUUUAGGGAUUCCUGUGUCUUGUAAACUUUUGACUGUAGAACUAUUUUUACUAGGGUGCUUUCUAAAGUGUUUCAAAGUAUUGUAAUUUCAGAGUAAGAAAAGUAAAAUGCUGUAAAUAUUGCACAUUUUAUGUGUUUGGACCAAAAGGUUACAAAAAAAAAAGUUUCAAGUAUUUAUUUUGCACCAGUUUUUGUUACAAGUGGUGUAAUUGAAAACAUUGCAUCAGACAUACUAUAUACUGUAAUCCUUUUCCUAGGUAUGUGAUAUCUUGCAGUUUGUCGAUUUAAAUUUGUAUGAAACACAAUUGUAUGUUUACACCAGAGAGAAUAAUAUUAAAAGGGCUGAGAAUAGAAGUGCACUAUUCCUCAAUUUAGUUGAGGCCACAGGUACAGUCAUGUUGGAAAGGAAUCAAGUAACACUGUCAGCAGCACAUAAUCUGGAGUAACACAUUUUUAAUUACGUAAAGGUGAUGGAGAGUGAUAUUAAAAAUCUAUGUUUUCAUUAAUUUCACUAAUAACAGUUAAUUUAUUACUGUCGGGUUAGUGUUGAGCUGUUUAUGUUAUUUCCAGUUCAUGUUUCAUGAGACAGUUAUGUUCCAUUUCUUUCUUUUAAAUGACAAUUUUCUCAAAACCGAAAUGUUUCCAUUGAGGUCACUGCCAAAUGCACAUACGAUUUAUAAUCAUAAUAAUCCUUGCAUUUGAUAUAGCGCCUUAUCGCAUCUUCAAAACGUCUCAAAGCACUUCACAGAAUAUACUGUAAAGUGAAUUGACUGUAUACUUUGUGGGAGAAAUUUGUCUCUGCUUCAGUCGCUCAACGCCUUCUUAGCAGCUUAGCCAAAAAAUAUUCAAAAAAGAAUCGAUAGCGAGUGAAGUCUAUGAAGGAGGAACUUCCUUGAGAAAGCUUCACCAGCUGAUCAACAUUGAGCAACAGAAAAGUCAGAACUGCUUGGGUGAGAAAUAGCAGUGGGAGAUGCUCAUCUUCCAAGAUAAAUUAAUUCAUGGAAAAAUAAUUUAAUAAAAAUCGCAAAUGAUGCUGUCAAUCAAACGCAUUACACAAGGAAGAGAAGUAAUGCAAAGUAAUGGACUGCCAGAUAUCUCCUCACAGGGAGGAAAUGUAGGUAUAGUUUAAGCAUAUUAAUUAUUCAAUGCAUUAGGCUGACAUUUAAUAUCUUUUUAACUGUAAAAUAAAAUGUAGUUUCAUACGCUUAGAUAAUGCAAUGCUUGGAAUACUCUUCAAUUCCAAAAUGCCUCUCCUGUGGGUUCCACUAAAAGUCCUAUUCACCCUCUUAGUCUUUUUUUUAUAGUCUCUCUGGUUGACAUAACAAACAUGGAAUUGCUAAUAAACUGUGAGGAGCUGUAGCCCAUGUACACUGACAACAAUUGGGGAGGGGGGGAUUCUGCAUUAACCACUAUAGAUAAGUUUCAUGAAUCUAUUAGAUGUCUGGUUUUAAGUAUUCAUUUAUUUGGUGUAAACUAUUUCUAAGCUUUUAGAUGUUUGCUGUAUAUUUAUAGGUGGAGUUAGUUUUGUUUGAGUGUAUGAUUGGUGUUAUUCCCAGCAUUGUUUCCCACAAUAAAAUGAACAGAAUAUUGGAGAUGAAUGCAUGAAUAGAUAACAUACAGAAUGUAAUUACUGGGAAAACAUGGAUUGUGCUCUAUAUAACUGUUUAAAAACACAAGCAGCUGAAUAGUGCCUUCCUCAUCACAAUCCAUGUUGUUAAAAAAAAAGUGUACAUUCUGAAUUAAUUUGUACAUUGUGUAAAAUCUGUUGGAAAUGGUUGUUUUUGUUUUCCUUAGUAAGGUUAAUUUCUUUUGUUUGUAUCUUUUCAGUUUUCCUGAUGCAAGUGCUCUCCAAUAAAUAAACCCAUACAAAAACUUGUGUAUUAUAAUUGAUAUGCACAGAAGGCAGUCAUCCAUAAGCACUCUGAUAAACU